AUGGACCCGCUUAGUCUCACGGGCACGCUCAUAGCAGUUCUCCAAAUCACAACCUCGGUAAUUUCAGUAUGCUACGACUACCGCGCUGGCGUCGCAUCCGCUUCUCGUGAAGUAGUACAGAUCACCGAAUCUCUCAACGCGCUCAAAGACGUCUUGGAAAGCCUUCUACGCCUCGUCGAAACUUCAGAGUCAGGUGAGGAUCGGGCAAGGCUGAGCAACAUCGAGGUGUUGGCCAAGGAUAGAGGAACAUUGGAAAGUUGUCUGAAUGAGUUGAUCAGAUUGGAAGGAAAAUUGCAGCCGGAGAAAGGUUGGAGGAAGCUGAGGAGGGGCUUGGUUUGGCCGUUGAAAGAAGGGGAGAUGAAGAGGGCUUUGGCGGGGCUGGAAAGGUAUAAGAGCACGAUGUUGCUUGCGAUUUCGGCGGAUCAAGCGACAUUGAGCCUCGCUAUCCAAGAGGAUUUAGGAGACUUGACUGAUAUGUUUCAGAAGCAUGCCCUCGAUCAGACACGUCAAGAUAUUUUCAAGUGGCUCGCUGCACCAGAUCCAUUUGCCAACCACGCUCUCAAUCGAAAGAAGAGACAGAGCUCUACCGGAACAUGGCUGCUGACAAGUCGGCAAUAUGAUAGCUGGCUCUAUAAUAGAAAAUCUUUCUUCUGGCUGUAUGGCAUUCCUGGCUGCGGAAAGACUGUUCUAUGUUCCACUGUCAUUGAACAGCUCAUCCGCUAUACACAACAAGACCAGUCGGUAGGGCUGGCUUAUUUUUACUACGACCUGAACGGUCCCCAAAAACAAGACACCACUUCUCUCAUACGCUCUUUGAUCACACAACUGUCGUCCCAAUGUUCGACCAUACCCGCACCUCUCGCAGAUCUAUAUGGCAUGCGACAGAAUGGCCGGAGAACCAUUGAUGAAGAAGCCUUUCUGUCGGUACUACAGUCACUUGUUUGGGCUUUUCACGAUGUCUACCUUGUCUUCGACGCUUUGGACGAGAGCUCCAAUCUUGGCGAGACCUUGCAAUUCAUCCAUCGCCUCAAAUCGUGGAAUGUUCCACAACUGCACAUUCUUGUGACUAGCCGACAACUUCCUGAGAUCGCGGACUCUAUCAUGACUCUCACUUCAGACAGAAUUUGUCUUCAUGAAUGCAACUUGAACGGAGAUAUUCAUAUUUACUUAGCCGACAGGCUUAUGCACGAUCAAAACUUCUCCAAAUGGCCCCUAGACAUUCGAAACCAAGUUAUGGAGAAGCUUGUACGAGGCGAGGCAGGAAUGUUCCAAUGGGUUGUUUGUCAGCUAGACAUGCUGCAAAAAUGCUUGUCAGUGGCAGCUGUCCGUAAAGCAUUAUCCACAGACUUUCCGCAGGAUCUCGAAGGAACCUACGACCAGAUUUUGCAUGAUAUUCCCUCCAAUUGUCAGCCAGAAGCCUCAAAAGUUUUGCAAGCACUCAUAGCGACUAGAGAAUUGUUGAGUGUAGAGGAGAUUGUCGACAUACUGGCGGUGGAUCUUGAUUCCACACCUGCCAAGUUUGACCCUGACGCCAGGCCUAUCGAUCCUCGGAGCAUAUUGUCGCUUUGCUCCUCAUUGAUAACGACAACCAAAGCGUCUCAGCUAGACUUCUAUGACAACUUCGAGGAACCAGUCACAGUUUUGAGGCUGGCUCACGCUUCCGUCGCUGAGUAUUUCGCUCGCCCAAAACCUGAAGUCUUAUCUCAAUUCUACUUCUCACAUCGAUCGGCACGUCGAAGGCUCGGUCAGGCAUGCGUAGCGUAUCUGAUGGCGCCUGAGUUUGGUAAUGUGAACAACAAAAGAAACAUAUUCGAGAGCUUAGAACUAUUUCCUUUCUUGCGGCAUGCUGCAAAGUACUGGCCAUUAUACUUUGGGAAGGAGAAAGGUGAUCCCGAAGAGUCCAUGGAUGAGACCAUGAGAUCUUUGAUUCAAGCAUUAUUUGCCACCAGUAAGUUGCCCAAUGGAGGCAAUUUUGCAUUCUGGGUAGGGCUGCUUAUACCAGAAGCGUCAUUUCACGAUGUCGCCAGCACGCAGCCGAUGUAUUAUACGGCAUCAUUCGGACUUCUCGAAGUGACCAGAUUGCUACUUGACACUGAGAAGGAUAUCGACAUCGAUGCCCUGGGUGGACGGGCCAGAGCUUCGGCUCUCCACGUAGCAGUUUAUCGAGAUCAUAUAGAUGUUGCAAACCUCCUCCUAGAGCGUGGAGCAAGUCCAGAUACCACAAACAUCACAGGAGAAUCCGCUUUGUAUUGGGCGACUUUGAAUAAAAACCAGGAGAUGUCGGAUUUAUUACUUCGCUAUGGAGCAUCGCCUUUGGGCCAACAGCAACUGUACGCCAUAGAGCGGAGAAAGAGGUGGUUAAAUUUCCUGAACAUCAAGUCCGACGAUGUAAGGAAGCGAAGACCUUGA